AGGCCCAUUUUAUUAGCUUUCGCAUUUAUGUUUUAGGAGAAUGGCAUUGUAAUUGAUAUUUUUACUUCGGUUACGUUUUUGGGUCAUGUAAACAGGCUCUUCCGAUGAAGUUAGCUCGUGGGAUGGCGCAGUCUGACUCGAUCUGUUACUAACGCUGAACCAUUUCUAUUUGCAUCGGGAAACAAAACUAUUGUUUUAAAUAAUCGAGUAAACUUACAUACAAUAAAAUGCAAACGGAGUUAAGACAAGUAAGCACUAGGCGCGACAACGUGCAUAGCCAUUGCGAUGCGAGUACCUCUUGCGCUAUCACAUGCCGGUUGCCAAAUCCAGAUUCUGUGGGUUGCGUGGAGCGCUUCGCCACAUUUCUCUCCUUUCUCCUGGUUAUUAUCACGUUCCCGUUCUCAUUGAUUGAAUGCUUCAAGGUGGUGCAAGAGUUCGAGCGUGCGGUGAUCUUCCGCCUCGGCCGGGUGAGGAAGGGCGGGCCGAGAGGACCCGGUCUGUUCUUCGUACUGCCCUGCGUGGACACCUACAGGAAGGUGGACCUCAGGACUGUGUCCUUUAAUGUGCCGCCGCAAGAGGUGUUAACGAAGGAUUCAGUGACAGUGGCCGUGGACGCGGUGGUGUACUACCGUAUCAAGGAGCCGCUCAAUGCCGUUGUACGAGUUGCUGACUACAGCGAGUCGACCCGCCUGCUCGCCGCCACCACACUACGCAACGUGCUCGGCAUGAGAGACCUGGCGCAGCUGCUGAGCGACCGCGAGGCCAUCAGCCACAUGAUGCAGAGCAACCUGGACGAGGCCACCGACCCCUGGGGCGUGGAGGUCGAGCGGGUCGAGAUUAAAGACGUCCGUCUCCCAGUGCAGCUGCAGCGGGCGAUGGCGGCAGAAGCCGAGGCGGACCGCGAGGCAAGAGCCAAGAUCAUCGCCGCUGAGGGGGAGAUCAAGGCGUCCCGGGCUCUGAAGGAAGCCUCGCUUAUUAUGUGUGACAACCCUAUGGCGCUACAGUUGCGGUACCUGCAAUCCCUCAGCACGAUAUCGGCCGAUAACAACUCCACAAUCAUAUUUCCGUUCCCGAUGGACUUCCUCAGAACUUUCCUCACAGGGCCCGGUCCGAGCCAAAGCGGUCUUAGAAUUUGAAGUUUAUUGUAUUAAUAAAAUAGGUGGUUAGUAAGUACUAGG